AUGCCAUCUGACGAUUACGCGUCGUUUGGCGGAGGGGGCGCCCUGAAGCUCAAGGGCGGCAAGGUCGGGAAGACCAAGAAAAAGAAGAAGGACAAGCCCAGCGACCUGGAACGAUCGCUGUCCACCGGCGAGGCCCCAGAGAGCAGCAAGGCGCUGGAGAAGCAGCCCAGGAAGCGCUCGGCGGACAGCACGCCCCAGCCCGAGGACGAGAAAGAGGAGGAGGAGCGAGCCGAGUACAAGACCGAGGCCGAGCGGCGGCACGAGGAGUUCAAGAGGAAAAAGAUGCUAGAACUGGCCAAGUCGUCGAGCUCGCGGCCCGAGCUGUUGAAGACGCACAAGGAGAGGGUGGAGGAGCUCAACACGUAUCUCUCGAAACUGAGCGAGCACCACGACAUGCCGAAGAUCGGGCCUGGCUGA